UGAGUGCCGCUCCUCACUGCUGCAGACACACACACACACACACACACACACACACUGCCUCUGCUGUUUUUAACACUGUGCACCGGCUACAUCUCAGAAACAAAUAUUUACUUUUAACAUGCUUGAAGCUAAACACCCAGCUGUGCUUUUAUUUGUUACAUUAUUGAUGGUGAGCUGUCAGAGCACCGGACACGCUGCUGAACAAGUGUUUGUUUUUCGCUUUGAAGUUCUUCCAGAUGCGAAAGGUGGCGAAAAUGCUGAAGUGGUCAAGUUGGAAACAUUUACAUUUACCUUGAACUCGACCAAUAUGACUCAGUUCGCCUACGGAAUAGCUGCAAAUGUGGUUGUUAUGCUGAUGUAUGGAAGCAAUCUAGUUCCUGUCAAAAGGAUAGAGACAGGAGAUGGUAUGUUUUUUCAGUGGGUAUACUGUGCAGCCAUAUUCCUUGUAUCUGUGGUUGGAGACUUGUUGCUACAGUCGCCCAAAUUCUACCCGUUUGCGAUGAUUGGAGGUGUCAUCUGGACUACAGGGAAUAUAACAGUCAUUCCAAUUGUUAGAGCGAUUGGCAUGGGGCUGGGGAGUUUACUUUGGGGCUCUUCGACGUUGUUGAUGGGCUGGGCCAGUUCAAGGUUUGGCUGGUUUGGGAUAGAUGCUCAGGAUGUUUCCAAGCCAAUACUGAAUUACUGUGGAGCUGGGUUGUGUCUGCUCAGCGGCCUGAUCUUUUUCUUUGUGAAGACGGACGUGGAACUGCAUCCUGAAUCUGAAUCGAUUCCAUUACUUCUCGACAGGAGAACAAACUCGAGCAGCUAUAGAACAGGAUUCUCAGAGUUCUGGAUAGAUGCUAUCAGGCCGAAGACCAGGCGGCUGAUUGGCUGCCUGCUUGCUGUUCUGUCGGGUCUGCUGUACGGGACAUCAUUUGCACCCGUCUUCUACAUAAAGAGCCAUUCAUCAUGCCUUGACAGCAUGUUCCAUGGAGCCAGUGUCUAUGACCUCGACUAUGUUCACGCACAGUGCUCUGGUAUCUUUGUUGCAAGCACAGUGUACUUUGCCAUCUACUGCGCUGCCAUGAACAACAGGCCCAGAAUCUACUCCAGAGUCAUCCUGCCAGGCCUUUUUUCUGGAAUGAUGUGGGCACUGGGCACAUACAGCUGGUUCCUGGCCAAUAACUACCUGAGUGCAGUCAUCACCUUUCCCAUUGUCACCGCAGGAUACGGUCUGGUUGCAGGGCUGUGGGGAUCCUUGGUGUUCAAAGAGAUCAAGGGGGUGGGCAACUGCUUAAUCUUCUUCUUGGCCUCCUGUGUGGUGGUGACCGGCUCCUUGCUCACCGCCAUCUCAAAGCUCUAAACGUGCAGAAGACUGCUGAGUGAAAACAUCAAGUGAUUAUGAUUAUAUACCAGCAUUUACCCAGAAAAUAACGUCCGUGGUUUUAUGAAACUCUUUGAACCCCCAUUAAAAUAAACCACAAUGCAUGAUGGUUGAGCUGAAUGUAAAGCUUUCUUUGUUGGAUUUGGAAAGUAUUAUUUUGAACCAGCAGGGUUGUUCUCUGAGCUAACAUUUGGUGGCAGUGUCCUACAGGAAUGACCCUCGUGCUUUCUGGUUGGUUCAAAGAGGGAAUUUGCUGUUGAAGUAUGUGUUUGUUGUUUAAAAUGUGUUUCUGUCAAAUAAGUGUUGUCACCUUUUGUGUUUUGUUCAGUUGCUACUCACAAAAUGCCCACACAACGUUCACACAUCGCUCACAAGCUAAUGGUUGUUUUAAAGAGAUUGUAAGAUAAAGCACAUUUCUAUUUAUUACUGACAUGGUGAUGAUUUUUUUUGUUCUUUUUUGGACAGCAUGACAAUAUGAGUCACUUUACACAUCCUGCUAUUAAACAUGUAUAAUGUACU